CUCCCCGGAUUCUCGCCCUCCGCCACGAUGAACAGAUGAGCUCGCGCGGGGGGAUGAAAUUUAAAUUUCGCUCGGGGGAGAAAGUGCUGUGCUUCGAGCCCGACCCCACCAAGGCGCGAGUCCUGUACGAUGCCAAGAUCGUCGACGUCGUUGUUGGAAAAGAUGAGAAGGGCAGAAAGAUUCCAGAGUAUCUGAUCCAUUUUAAUGGUUGGAACAGGAGCUGGGACCGGUGGGCAGCUGAGGAUCAUGUGCUUCGAGACACGGACGAAAAUCGUAGAUUACAACGUAAAUUGGCAAGAAAAGCUGUAGCUCGCAUGAGAAGAAAAGGAAGGAAGAAGAGACGCUGCAGGUUGCCCGGUGUGGACUCUGUGCUGAAAAGCCUUCCUACGGAAGGAAAAGAUGAAAAUGAAGAAAAUUCUAUAAGCAGCUCUUCAGAAGACAGUAGUGAAGAGACAGAUGAGGAAAUAAGAAGUGAAGAAAGUGACAUCGAGGAGAAGACAGAAAUGAAAGAAGACCAAGAAUUUCACACAAAAAGGGACAUGGAAGAAAGAACAAUAAGUAUAGAAAUCCCUGAUAUUCUGAAGAAGAAGCUUGAAGAAGACUGCUACUACAUUAACCGGAGAAAACGGCUAGUGAAGUUGCCAUGCCAGACUAAUAUCAUAACUAUCUUGGAGUCAUACGUGAAACAUUUUGCCAUAAAUGCAGCUUUUUCGGCGAAUGAAAGAUCUCGGCACCAUCAGACUACUCCACACGCCAACAUGAAUGUGCAUUACAUCCCUCCGGAAAAGAACGUUGAGUUGUGUAAGGAAAUGGUUGAUGGCCUAAGGAUUACAUUCGAUUUCACUCUUCCGUUGAUUUUGCUCUAUCCAUAUGAACAAGCACAAUUUAAGAAAGUAACUUCAUCCAAAUUUUUUCUCCCAAUUAAAGAAAAUGCAACCAAUACAAACAGGAAUCAGGAAGAACUAUCACCAAGCCCACCUUUGCUGAAUCCACCAACUCCGCAGUCGACAGACAGUCAACCUACUACAGGAGAGCCAGCAACACCCAAAAGACGAAAAGCUGAACCUGAAUUGCUGCAAUCCCUCAGGCGUUCUACCCGCCAUACGUCUAACUGUGACCGGUUAUCUGAAAGUAGUGCUUCUCCACAGCCAAAGAGACGGCAUCUCGACACAUCUGCUUCAAUGCCCAAAUUGUUUUUGCAUCUGGAAAAGAAAACUCCUGUACAUAGUGGAUCAUCAUCACCUAUAACUUUGACACCCAGCAAAGAAGGGAGUACGGUCUUCGCUGGCUUUGAAGGUAGAAGAAACAAUGAAUUAAAUGAGGUAUUGUCUUGGAAGCUCAUGCCAGAAAAUUAUCCCCACAGUGAUCAGCCUCCUCCUCCGUCGUACAUCUAUGGUUCCCAACAUUUGCUGCGAAUGUUUGUGAAACUUCCAGAGAUCCUAGGGAAGAUGUGCUUUUCUGAUAAGAACCUGAAGGCUUUGGUUAAGCACUUUGAGCUCUUUCUGAGGUUCUUAGCAGAAUAUCACGAUGAUUUCUUCCCAGAAUCGGCAUAUGUUGCUGCAUGUGAGGCCUACUACAGUACCAAGAAUCCUCGGGCAAUUUACUGAAAUUCGUAAUGGAGUUGUCGAAACUCUUUCUUUACCCUCAAGAUAUUUCUCCUUGGCUCCUGAAGCUGAAGAGCUGACAGAAUUUUUCAGAAGAAACUGGCAGUUUCAUUCCUUCGGCCUAGAUGGACCACUUCGUAUUUUGGAGAUCUAGAGAUACUUUCUGAAUGACUCCAUUGUUGCUUGUAAGCAUCUCAUCAAGGUGCCACAAAAAACUUUGGGCUGGCCUAAUGCAGAGAAAUGCAGGGUUGUUUUUUUUAGUGGAAGAGAGAAAGUGUAUUGGUUGUAAAAUGUUUAAUAAAAAUGUAAAUAAUAGAGGCUGUUUCCGCUAAAAUAAAAGUUGAGGGUUUUCUUCCUGGCAUCAGACAUAA